AUGACCCUUGUGGUUCUUGCGACCGGCCUCCUUGCAAGUGGCACAGCAGUGUCAAAUGCCGAUCAGGCCAGUGAGUUGAACGUGGAUGUUCACUCCUCAAAUGUUCUCGCUACCGAGGACACGAGAUUUCUUCGAAGUCACCAGAUAACGGAUGACAAGGUCGAAAUUAACGAACACGGCGAGGAAGAGAGGAUGUCUGGGUCUAAUUUGUUCUCUGCACUGAAGCUGGAGAAAAUGGGGCGGGAUACAUCUUACCGCGAUAAGGAGUUCCAGCGUUGGAAAAACUAUGGAAAUUCAGUGGGAGAUGUUACUCCCCAUGUGCCAGUUUCUCUCAAAGAAGCGUACGCAACAUACUUGCGAAUCCGAGAAAUGGUUUUGGUCAACGACUAG